AGAAGACUCCCAAAUCGGAAUCAUCACUUUCUACCCAGCCAGAACAGUCUCUACCAGUCCCUGCCGGACAACGUGCAGGAGACGCAACAGACUAAAAACCUGGACUUCCGUCGGAAGUGGGAUAAAGAUGAAUAUGAGAAACUUGCAGAGAAACGGCUCACGGAAGAGAGAGAGAAGAAAGAUGGCAAACCAGUUCAGCCUGUCAAAAGGGAGCUUCUGCGGCACCGAGACUAUAAGGUGGAUCUGGAAUCUAAGCUGGGGAAAACCAUCGUCAUCACCAAAACUACCCCUCAGUCAGAGAUGGGAGGAUAUUACUGCAAUGUGUGUGACUGUGUGGUGAAAGACUCCAUCAACUUCUUGGACCAUAUCAAUGGCAAAAAGCAUCAGAGGAACCUGGGCAUGUCCAUGCGGGUGGAGCGCUCCACGCUGGACCAGGUGAAGAAACGCUUUGAAGUGAACAAGAAGAAGAUGGAGGAGAAGCAAAAGGACUAUGACUUCGAGGAGAGGAUGAAGGAGCUUCGCGAGGAGGAGGAAAAGGCCAAAGCCUAUAAGAAGGAAAAACAGAGAGAGAAGAAGAGGAGGGCGGAGGAAGACUUGACAUUUGAAGAGGACGAUGAAAUGGCAGCUGUGAUGGGUUUCUCUGGCUUCGGCUCAACCAAGAAGACUCACUGAUCAGCUCUGGACUUUCCCCUUUCUUAGUGAAGAUUGUUUAUACCCCCAGGACUCUGGAAAAUUCUUUAAAGACUUGACUGAGAAUUGGUAUGUCAUUCUCCCAGUCGACGUGGGCUGGCAGUGGUGGGAGGCGAGCCCACGCACGACCUGUGCUGCAGAACAAGGUCUGUCCCCCUUCAUUCGCGCCCCACUGCCUGCAGAGAUAGCGUCACCUUAUCCUCGCUGGCAGCCCUCAAUUCAGAGAGAGACCUUUCGAUGAGCCUCUUCUCCGCACACUCCUCCUGUCCCCCCUGCAGGAAAUCCUGCGGCCGUCUCCCGUUUCUGACUUCGAUCCAUUUCGUCUUUUGUGAGGAGUCUGCACGCUGAAUAUUUCUUCGGGAAACCCCAUUGGCCUUUUGCAACCUCAUUCUUUGAACUAGUCCAGGCUGCUUGUCAUGCUGUGUUCUGUGGCCUUGUGUGUGCGGGGAAACAUUCGGUUGGGUCCUUUCGUGUUAACCAGCUAGUACAGUUCUGUACAGAUGGUUUGGGUCAGGAGUUCUUCUUCCAUCUGAGAAGUGGGUAUACUUUUUAUUUGCUUAAAAUACAGAUCAUUCUUUUAAUUUUUUUAGAAUGUGUAACCAAAGGAAUGACACUGUAAUGAAUAUUAAAUAUGAUUUGUAUAGGCUGAAUUUUUAUUUCUUUCAUUGAGAAGAGCUUGAGGCUUUUUGGACCCUGGGUUUGUGGAAACUUUUUUGUAUUUUGUCUGCAAUGGACUCUCUCUUUUAUUUUCACUGGUUUUCCUUCUGUUCAGUGGUGUCAUCAGAGUUUCUUUAGCUUGGGUAAGGAAUAUCUUUCUGGGACUUACCUAGGAUAAAACUAAAGAGGAAACAGCAGAGAAAUGUGUGGAAUUUGUCUAAAAUAAAUACAUUGGCUGGAAACGA